CUGAGCAUGUGUCAACUUUCCACUUAUUAUUCUGCAGCGACAACAAAAAAUAAACCCUAAAAAAUUACGUGUCUGCUUCUCCUGUUAGUUAUGACCCUCUCUCCCCUGACAGUUUCUACGAUCGACUGCAUGCUGCGCUAGUACCAUCUUUUUACUCAUUUUACAGCACCCACCUGCAUUUCCGUCACCAAUUUUUCGAAGUGUUGCUCUAAAUCGUCCACCUACAUGCCCAGGGAGUCAUCUCUGGUUAGUUCAUUUUUUGUCAGCAAAACGCGUUCCAUAUCCUUGUGGCUGUGGCGGUGGCUGGUUGCUUAGUGGCUUGAAUCAGAUCUGCUUUUUUUUGUUUUUCCCGUCUCUGCUAAGAAACACAAAACCAGACAUUCUUGCUUCUUCCUGGUAUUUCACAUUCUCUAACUAAAGUUGGCAACUUGUAUUUUAUCACACUAUAAAUCUAAUGUUACACGGUUUUAGUUAGGCUGGCUUUUGGUGCAUAGAUGUUUUUUAUAUUUAAGGUAUAAAAUAGAGCUCUUGGCCUUCUAAUUGAGAUUAUGUUUGUCAUUGUUAGGCUGAUUGUUCAUAACAGAUGCAACUGCCUUUAAUUGCGUCCUUAGUUAAGAUGUGUUCAUGUUCUGCUUGAUCUUAAGUUUUGCACUUGCUUUGCUCUGUGACCGAGGACCGCGGAUUGUUAGAAUAAUUGGUGAUUGAAUGAAAAAUAUUUGAAUUUCAGCGUUGAGUUUUGAUUUUCACGCCAACGGAAUUGGUGGGUUUGAUAUAUCCUGGGAGAACCACGGAUAUCAAGGAAGUUGUGUUUAAGUUGAGUUGGACUGAAUAUAACCAUAAGCACUUGGAAUGUUGGGUUGUGAUAUGCUUUUGACACCAAAGAAUCAGUAACUUGGAGGUCUGAGGUCCGGACUCCGAAGGCUAAGAUAUUGGAGUUGAAGAUAAUGGCUUCGGGAGAAAGUAGGCGUCGACGUGAUAAUCUUGUGCCUCUUGCUGCUUUGAUCAGCAGAGAAAUGAGGAUUGAAAAGAUGGAGAAGCCAACUGUCAAAUAUGGCCAUGCAGCUCAAUCUAGGAAAGGGGAGGAUCAUUUCCUUAUUAAGAUGGAUUGUCAGCGGGUACCUGGGAAUUCGUCAUCUUCAUUUUCUGUAUUUGCGAUCUUCGAUGGGCACAAUGGAAAUGCUGCAGCAAUUUAUACAAGAGAGAAUUUGUUGAAUCAUAUUUUGGGUGCUAUGCCUUGUGGUCUUGGACGUGAGGAGUGGAUUCAAGCUUUACCUCGUGCUUUAGUUGCUGGAUUUGUGAAGACUGAUAAGGAGUUUCAGAGCAGAGGAGAAACUUCGGGUACUACAGCAACAUUUGUAAUAGUUGAUAGACGGACUGUUACUGUUGCUUCUGUUGGAGACUCACGUUGUAUUUUAGAUGCUCAGGGUGGUGCUGUUUCCUCCUUGACUGUUGAUCACCGACUUGAAGAGAAUGUGGAGGAGAGGAAAAGGGUGACUGCAAGUGGUGGGGAAGUUGGAAGGCUUAGCAUUGUUGGUGGUGUUGAGAUUGGUCCUCUUCGCUGUUGGCCUGGAGGUUUAUGCCUUUCUAGGUCAAUUGGAGACAUGGAUGUUGGAGAGUUUAUAGUUCCUGUUCCAUAUGUCAAGCAAGUGAAACUGUCAAAUGCAGGUGGGAGGCUUAUAGUUGCUUCUGAUGGCAUAUGGGAUGCCUUGUCCUCAGAAAUGGCGGCAAAAUCUUGCCGUGGGUUGCCAGCUGAACUUGCUGCCAAACAAGUUGUAAAGGAAGCUUUAAGGACACGGGGACUAAAGGAUGAUACAACCUGCAUAGUUGUUGACAUAAUUCCUCCUGACAAUUCAAUUCAGCCUCCAACUCCUCCCAAGAAACAUAACAAGCUAAGAGCCUUGUUGUUUAGGAAGAAGUGCCAUGAUUCUUCCAGUAAGCUAUCAAAGAAGCUUUCUGCCAUAGGUACAGUUGAAGAACUGUUUGAAGAAGGCUCGGCUAUGCUUGCUGAAAGAUUAGGGAAUGAUGGCUCCACAUCGCAAUCUACAUCUGGUCUUUUUACGUGUGUUGUCUGUCAAAUUGACCUUGCUCCAAGCGAGGGCAUCUCUGUUCAUGCUGGUUCUAUCUUCUCCACCAGCUCAAAGCCUUGGCAAGGGCCUUUCCUUUGUGCUGAUUGCCGUAAUAAGAAGGAUGCCAUGGAAGGAAAACGCCCGAGUGGAGUCAAAGUGGCCUAACUCUUUGAUUUUUCCACCCAUUCUUGCUCCCGCAAUAUUUUUUGUAAACGACAUUUAUUUAGGGAAGGAAAUUGUUUGAAUGUUACUACGAUGGUACAGCAGAUGUAUAUGUAAUAUAUAUGCCUAUAAUAUUAAACGAGUCUUAAUAUUCAAGGAAGAGUUGGUCUAAGAAGCACCUGCUUGGAGCUUCAAAAAUUUUGUUUGUCCA